AUGACAUCUCUUCUGCGGCCUAUCGCCCUCGAAUCUUGCCAGACAACUCUGCGCGAGCGUCGUCGAAGCUCUAUCCAUCCCCUCGCUGCUGUUCCCCGACUUUUCUUAACUGGCCCUUCCUCAUCGCAGGAAGAAUGUGCUAUUACGGAUGACAACGACAAGUUCGACCCCAAUGAUUCGCCCGCCUUUGUUUCUCCGACUCUGGCGUCUUUGACGCACGCCCAGCUACCUGAUCAUGCUUCCAAAAUCACCAUCCUGCGUCACUUUGAUUCUCCGCCUCCUACACCCUACGAUCUGUGCACUCCAUCCUCGAGCGCCCCGCCUACCGCCGUCCCCAGUCGCAAAGCCUCAGUUACCACACUCAUUGAGGAGACGACGCCUGAUUACUCCGAGAUGGAGAGGCUCAAGUGGCGUCUAGCAAGCGGGUUCUUCGCUUAUUUUCUGUGUGGAUGGGGUGACUCUGUGACGGGGACCAUCCUACCGCAUUUCAUGGCGGAGUUCCAAGUAAGCUAUACGCUAUCUUCAUUAUUGUACGCUGGAAGUACCACUGGAUAUUUGUUCGGUACUUUCUUGGUGGAACUGAUAAUCAACUAUCUCAGCCAGUUCAAUCUGGCGAAGACCUGCUGGUCCUGGUUCCCUGCAUCGAUACUGUUCUCUCCGAAACACACCCAGAAGAAGCUGGGAUUCUCGCCCUCCCAAGGUCGUCUCCUCACCCUCCUCUUCUCUAGCACCGUACAUGCCAUGUUCUUCGUGAUGAUGGGGUCUAAAAAUGGAUACUGGGUCCUUUUUUUUGCUUAUGUCGUCGCCGCCUUUGCUAGGUCCAUUUUAACCGCGUCGCUAAACGCAUAUCUUGCCUCUGGGCCACAACAAUCUCUAGGUUAUGCGUAUGGGCUCUGGAGUCUUGGGGGUGUCGCGUCACCAUUGGUCUGUCAAGUCUUGAUCUCCAAAGGUGUCCCAUGGAACCAUUUCUACCUUGGCUCUCUCGUCCUCUCUGUAAUGAACACCACUUUCCUUGUACUCACUUUCAUGCCAACUGCGGCUGAAUUUCUUCGUGACCGCACAACGGCCAUUUUGGCUUCGAAGCCACCGUCAUCAGGAAAUACCACCUCCACACACUACACAGAACACAAGAGCCCCACCAAGGUCACCACGAAGGACGGAACAACCCUUCGCAUUGCUUUGACCCUGCCUUAUCUAUGGGCAAUCUCUAUUUUCUCUUUACUCUAUUGCGGCUGUGAAACCUCCACACAAGCAUUUAUGGUUUCAUAUCUUCGCGGAAUACGAAACGCCAAUCCAAAGACUGCCGGCUAUGUGACUUCCGGUUUCUGGGGUGGAAUUACGGUCGGCCGACUAGUUUGGGGCCAUUACACACCGAAAUUGACUUACACUCAACGGAAAUGGGUUAUUGAAGGUUGCAUUGGUAAGAAGGUUCUUCACCGUAGCCAAACCGCUUCUCACUUCUUCGUUGCAGUGAUGGGUUUGAUCAUGCAAAUCCUGAUCUGGACCGUGAAUUCGAAUGUUCAGAAUGCGUUCGCCACGGGUGUCAUUGGCCUCGUCUUCGGCCCAGUCUUCCCAGCCAUCCUCACCCUGGCGAACGACAUUCUCCCGUCUGAGGUGCGAAUGGUCAGCAUGGCGUUAAUAUCUGCCGCAGCGAGUUUCGGAGCAGCAUUAUUUCCUUUCUUCACUGGCUUGUUGUCGACCAUGAAAGGUGUUCACACCCUUACAUAUAUAACCGUACCUCUCGCAGGUGCCAUUACCUUCCUCUGGGCUCUUUUCCCCUCCAGAGUACCCCGGAGAAAAUCAGCUGCUUAG